AUGCGCUUGUUGAGAUGGAUGUGUGGCCACACGAGGAAGGAUCGAGUCCGGAAUGAUGAUGUACGAGAUAGAGUUGGGGUAGCACCAAUUGAAGAGAAGCUUGUCCAACAUCGUCUGUUAUGGUUUGGGCAUAUUCAGCGCAAGCCUCUAGAAGCUUCAGUGCAUAGCGGGCGGCUAAAGCAUGCGGAUAAUGUCAAGAGAGGUCAGGGUAGACCAAUUUUGACAUGGGAGGAGUCCUUCAAGAGAUAUUUGAAGGAUUGGAGUAUCAUCAAAGAACUAGCUAUGGACAGAGGUGCGUGGAAGUUUGCUACAAGUGUCAGGAUUAAGCAGGAAAAUCUCUACACUAAUGUGCAUAAAACAUACCUGGGUCUUUGGAUCAACUGCGCCAACUUGCAGCAGAGCUUCGUCUCCGACCUCUACCGCUCCAUCCGCGGCGGCGACGUGGUCGGGACCGACAAGCUGUACGAGGGCGACUUCCACCGCCUCUCCGCCCGCGUCUACCGCGACGCGCCCUGGCCGCCCGCCAAGGCCGUCGCGACCUACUGCGACGACGACCACGUCUUCCUCCUCCUCUACAGCGAGCUCACGUCCCGCGACGCCCACGCGCGCCUCCCAGGCCUCACCCUCACGCGCCGCGCCGACUCCUGGGACACCUACUGCUCCCUCUUCACCGUCGUCCUCCAGAACGCCCUCACCAUGCAGCUGCCCAACCAGUGGCUCUGGGACAUGGUCGAUGGGUUCGUGUCCCAGUUCCAGACAUUCUGCCAGUACCGCACCAAACUCGAGGACAAGACCGAGGAGGAGAUCAGCCUACUCCAGCGGUUCGACCAGGCAUGGAGUGUGUAUGGGGUUUUCAAUUACUUGAAGGCACUGGUGGAGAAUUCGAUGAUCAGAGAGGUCCUGGAGAGGGAGGAGCGGCUUGAGCAGUUCAGGAUGAUGAAUGGGUAUGAGCACAAGCAGGGUGGGAGCAACGUGUUGAAGAUGCUGGGGUACUACAGCAUGAUUGGGCUGCUGAGGGUGCAUUGCCUGAUAGGGGAUUACCAUACUGGGCUGAGGUGCUUGUUGCCUAUAGAUAUUGGCCAGCAGGGUGUCUACACCACUGUGACUGGGAGCUACAUUUCCACUAUCUACUACUAUGGUUUUGCCAACUUCAUGAUGCGCAGGUAUGCUGACGUGAUACAUCAAUUCAACAAAAUUCUGCUGUAUAUCCUGAAGUAUAAGCAAUACCAUGAGAAGUCUCCGCAGUAUGACUUUGUGCUGAAGAAGAAUGAGCAGAUGUAUGCACUAUUGGCAAUCUGCCUCUCAUUGUGCCCACAGAACAAUCUAAUAGCUGAAGAUGUUAGCACUGAGCUGAAGGGUAAGUAUGGUACUGAAAUGGAAGAGAUGCUUAGAGGUGAUGGUGAGGCACAUUAUGAUGAACUCUUUUCCGUUGCCUGCCCCAAGUUCAUUGCUGCAUGGCCUCCAGUUUUAAAAGAGCCAUUUACAAACUACAACCAGGAUGUAUAUCGUCUUCAGUUGAAGCUGUUUCUUGAUGAAGUGAAGCAACAGCUAUUUCUUGGGGAUAUCAGAAGCUUUCUAAAAGUGUUUUCAGUGAUAACCAUUGGCAGACUUGCGCAGCACAUGAGAUUGGAUGAGAACGCUCUAAGGGAUUCUAACUUGUAUAUGGACAGGGCAAUCCUUCUGGCGUACACCCGCAAAACUCAUGCCGUUGACAAUUACGGAAAGAUCACAUCCAGUGCAGACUUUGACUUCUAUAUUGAUGAGGAAACAAUUCAUGCUACUGAAUCCAAGUCAAGCAAGCACCACCAUGAUUACUUUUUGACGCAUAUUUCGAAGCUUGAGGAAGUGAUGGGCGAGUUGAGUGAGAAUCUACACAUCCAAAUGGUUAUGAUGAUGCCAGUGUCUCCGUGUCACAACUGUCACGUUGAAAUGGUUGUGAUGUUGAUCGAAAAACGUCUAAAUGGCGGUGAUGUAAAUCUAAAGAAUGGUUUCAGUGCAUGGUUUAUAUGGCGUUGUCGCCUAUGGAUGUGCAAGUUCGAUAGCGGUACGGGGACUGUCCCUGUUUUCCAUUUGGUCUCGUACCCACGUGUUCUCAUCUGUAUAAAUGCAAGUAAGAGUACGCCGCCCAAAGCAUCACUCGAGGACAUCGCAGUUACGCAAGACGGCAAGAAGAGCGGCCAAAGUUUCAGGCUCAAUCUCGUCUUCCAGAACCAAAUACUUGUGCCUUCGUAG